GUUACUAGUGAAUUUUGGUUGAUUUCAUGUAUCUUGUUGAUCUAUUUUAGAGUUGGUUUUGACACUUUACAUACAAUUUCUUUUCCAUUUUUUAGGUGAAGCGAGUUAUUGGUCAAGGCCUUUGUGGCAUGAUAAAUAAUAAGGAUGGACUAAAAAACGUUUGCUUUUGUAAUGCAGUCUUGCAAUGCAUUUUGUCCUCUAAGAUUGUGCGACAGAUGCUGGACCAGAUAACUAACUGUACUCACACUCAACCUUUGACAGCUGCCCUCAAAAUCACUAUCAAUGAGCUGUCUCAAUCAGUCUCCUCUUAUCGAUGUGAAUAUUUAAUGGAAAUUGUUGCUCAAAGUUGGUUUGUGUACACAAAAGACAGUCAACAAGAUCCACAAGAAUUUCUUAAUUUCUUGUUGACUGCAAUUCAUGGCGAGAUCUUGGUAUGUAUGCUGCUGCAAAUAAUGUGGGGAACGUUGAUAUUUUUUCAUUACUGUUAUUUAAUUGUUUCAGGAGAAGCAUGGCGUUGAAUUCCAGGCAAGUUUCUGUGACAGCACUGACAUUGUGGAGGCAGUCAGCCAGGCUUGGAACCUUGGUGAGAGGUCCAAGGUAUCUGAGGUCUUUGGUAUCCAGUGUGUACGCCUGAGCCAGUGUCAGUGUGGCUACACAAAUGGUGUCUGUGACAACCCUGAGUUCAUCGUAUCUCUUGCUCUUCCUUCAGGGAAAAAAUGCACCCUAAUGGAUUGCUUCAAACUUUUCUGUGAGGAGAACAGGGGCCCUUGCGAAAAAUGUAAAGGUGUUGCCACUUAUAAAAGCAUUGUAAGAUUUGGAAGGCUACCACCAGUUUUAGUGAUUCAGUUAAAAAGAUAUGGACCAACUUUGUAUGGCUUCUUCAAAAACAACUCAGAAGUAUUGUACGACCACAACAUAGACUUGGCAGAGUUUGCUAUUGACAGUGCUCAGACUAAUACGGAGUACUCCUUGUUUGCUGUGACCAGUCACACCGGCCAGAUGGGGGCUGGCCAUGUGAUCGCAGCAUGUCUCAGGAACAAUCGAUGGUACAACUUUGAUGACGAGCAUGUCAGUUCCACAUCUGCAAAGAGAGUAGUGAGCAACUCUGCUUACUUGUUGUGGUAUCAGUUGGAGUUGAAGGUUGACUCAGGCACUCACCCAUUUGAUGCGGAGACAGCAGCUAUAAUUAAAAACCUUAACCAACCCUCUUCAAAAAAUACAUCUAAAAACAUUAGCAAAAAUAAGGGUGACCAACAACAAUUGCCAGGCAAAUCUGCCCAGAGGCCAGUACCACCGAAAAAAAAAUUUGAAAAGGAAAAUCCAACCCACACCUGUACAGGCUCCUCCCAUUUCGGUGGCUGCUAGAAAAAAGUCAAAGUGCUCUACGCAGCCCCUUAAGACGAGUGACACUAAUGAAGCUGACACUGAGCAGCAGGUCCCCCUUAACAAAACAUUGGAGGAAAAUGAGCAAGCAGUGCCCAAUCAUGGUUUUAAACUGAACCCUCUACCUGUGUCUUUGAGAAAAACACUAGUGACUCAUCCUUCGUUACUGCCCACAGCAUCGGCUGCACUCGCAGAUGAUAU